AUGGCCGACAAGAAGGGCAGCGCCUAUGGCGCGCCGGCCGGCGACACGGACUUUCGCAAAACCUGGGACCUCGAUGAAUACGCCGCCAAGGCCAAGGCGCGCGAGGCGGAGGAACGCGAGGAGGCGAAAGCGCGCUACGAGGCCAAGCUCGCCGGCAAAAAGUACUACAAGCCGCUGACGGGCAACGAGACGAUGACGACGGCGCGGCAGUCGGGGCUCGACCUCUCGUCGCAGGUGGGCAAGACGCAGCUCGUGGCGGCAGGCGCAGGCGUCGGCAAGAGGGGGAGGAGCGCGGGUUUCUACUGCGAGGCGUGCGACCUGACGUUUAAAGACAACAAACAGUUUGUCGAGCACAUGAACACGCCGCAGCACCUGGCGGCAACGGGGCAGAAGAUGGAGGUCGAGAGGGCGUCGCCCGAGGAAGUCAAGGCGAGGAUCCAAUACUGGUGGGAUCAGAAGGAGGAGCUUGUCAAGCAGCAGGCGACAGGUCUGCACGAGCGGUUGGAGCUGCGGCGGGCAGAGGACGAUAGGGAGGCCGAAGAGAAGAGGCGCAAGAGGAAGGAAGCCGACGAAAGGCGGCGGAAGGAGAGGGAAGAAGCGGAGAAGGUGAAAACGGAGUAUGGGGAUGAUGUGAGGAUUGAGGGCGAGCAUGAGGAGGACGACAUGAUGGCUGCCAUGGGCUUUGCCGGGUUUGGGACGUCGAAGAAGUGA